AUGGCAAGUGCCCAGGCCAUUCAGGUGGAUUCUCCUAGCGAACUUGCAGAGGAGCCAAGAUUCCCAGAAGGACUUCUCGUCAGACCAGAGUUGCAGCCGAAUGAUAGUGUGUUGUCCAAAAGAAUCACAGUGUUGGUCAGGAAUGUGUCGGCACGAGAAAUCACUUUGACCAGAGGAACGCCGAUCGCCCAAUUGUUCCCAGUCGACGUGAUGUCUUCGCCUGUCGUGAAGAGAGAGACUGACAUUGAGUUUGCAGGGAAACUGACCCCAUCUUCCUUUAACUUUGGAGACUCACCUGUCCCUGAGAACUGGAAAGGAAGACUAGUGAGUAAGCUGAUGGAACGCAGUGAGGUUUUCUCUACACGUGAGUUCGACGUAGGAUGCUGUAAAGGUACGCACCACACUAUCAAGACCAUGGAAGACAAGCCUUUCCGAGAGCGAUCUCGCCGACUGGCGCCGGCUGAUGUAGAAGCAUUGAGACAGCACCUGACACAGCUUAAAGAUGCUGGGAUCAUCACUGAGUCACGAAGCCCUUACGCCUCGCCCAUAGUGGUGGUGAAGAAGAAGAGUGGAAAGAUAAGGAUGUGUGUGGACUACAGGACUUUAAAUCGCCGCACUGUUCCUGAUCAGUACACAGUACCGAGGGUCGAAGAUGCGCUGGCCUGUUUAAAUGGAAGCAAGUGGUUUAGCGUCUUAGAUCUUCGGAGUGGAUUUUACCAGGUACCCAUGAAGGAGAGUGACAAAGUGAAAACGGCUUUCAUCUGCCCAGUGGGGUUCUACCAAUUCGAGAGGAUGCCGCAGGGAGUGUCAGGCACUCCAGCGACUUUCCAGAGGCUAAUGGAACAGACCGUUGGAGAUAUGAACCUGCUGGAAGUCUUAGUCUACCUCGACGACCUAAUCGUGUUUGGGGUGACGCUUGAAGAGCACGAGGCAAGAUUGCUAAAGGUGGUCGAUCGUUUGAAGGACGAAGGUCUCAAGCUAUCGCUGGAUAAAUGCCAGUUUUGCCAACUGUCGGUAACCUACGUAGGCCAUAUUGUAUCUCAAGCUGGAGUGUCCACAGACCCAGAGAAGACCGAGGCUGUAACUACGUGGCCCAGACCAAACACAGUGGCUGCUCUACGGUCAUUCCUUGGCUUCUGCGGUUAUUACCGACGUUUUGUGAGAGACUAUUCCAAAGUAGCUUACCCGUUGAAUCAACUCUUGUCUGGUUACCCACCAGCAGCAAAGAAAUCCAAGGUGAAGAAGGAUCACACCUACUUAAACCCGUCUGAGCCAUUCGGUAGCAGAUGGGAUGGGAAGUGUGAAGCAGCCUUUGAGGAACUGAAGCGGAGACUCACUCAAGCUCCUGUACUGGUGUUUUCCAACCCACAGCUUCCCUACGUACUUCAUGUGGACGCCAGCCAAGAAGGUCUGGGCGGAGUGCUAUACCAGGACCAAGGUGAAGGUCUGAGACCAGUUGCUUUUAUCAGUCGAAGCUUAACCCCAUCCGAGCGACAUUACCCCGCACACAAACUAGAGUUCCUAGCUUUGAAGUGGGCUGUUGUUGAAAAGCUGCAUGACUACCUGUAUGGAGUGAAGUUCGAAGUGCGGACCGACAACAAUCCGUUGACCUAUGUGUUGACCUCUGCCAAACUGGACACUACGGGUCACCGUUGGCUUGCUGCUUUGUCCAAUUAUGACUUCAAUCUCAAGUACCGGUCAGGAGUUCAGAACAUUGACGCGGAUGCUCUAUCCCGCCGACCGCAUCCUCCGUUUGUCCAAAAACAAGAGUGGAAAGACAUAUCUGCUGAUGGUGUGCGAGUCAUGUGCCAGAUGUCUGCAGAGAUCAACCCGAGAGAUCCAACUUCUCAUAGAGCAAUUGAUCAACUAGGGUCUUCCAUGCAUGCAGUUCCACAGGUUUAUUGUAACCUAGCUGUGCUGAGAGGAAGAGAUAUGCCUGUCCUGAGCUCUUCGGAGUUGUCCGUUGCACAGAAGGAAGAUCCUAGCCUUGGCGAGAUUUGGACAGCGCUCUUUCGUAAAGACAUAACCAAAUUCAACAAGUCAAAGCACCCAGCUUGUCCCCUGCUUCUAAGAGAGUGGGAUCGGUUAAAGUUACAGCGAGGAGUUAUGUACCGUAUCACCAUUCCGCCUGGCAGAGUCCGCCGCUCUCAGCUGGUGUUACCUGAAAAAUACAGGGAGAUGGUCAUGAAGUCUCUGCACGACGACUCCGGUCAUCUAGGUCUUGACAAGACUUAUGGCUUAAUCAAAGAUCGUUUCUACUGGCCACGGAUGAGAUCUGAUGUGGAAGAGUACUGCAAAUCGUGUGCAAGGUGCAUUCAGAGGAAAACCCUGCCGAAGACCGUCGCUCCAUUGAUUCACUUGGGAAGUGAUGGGCCGAUGGACCUUGUGUGCAUGGAUUUCUUAUCCAUUGAACCCGACUCGAGAAACACUGAGAACGUGCUAGUCAUUACUGAUCACUACACACGCUACGCUCAGGCUUUUCCAACCAGAGACCAAAAGACCUCCUCUGUGGCAAAAGUGCUUCUGGAGAAAUACUUUGUUCAUUAUGGAUUGCCGAUGAGGAUGCACAGUGACCAAGGGAGAGACUUCGAAAGUCGCCUUGUUAAAGAGGUAUUGAACACGCUUGGGGUCGAGAAGUCCAGAACGAUGCCGUAUCACCCUCAGGGAGACCCUCAACCCGAGAGGUUUAAUCGGACGCUGUUGGACAUGCUCGGGACCUUGGACGCCAAGAGGAAGAAAAGGUGGAGUCAACACAUAGGACACCUUGUUCAUGCAUACAAUUGCACAACCAAUGAAGCCACCGGGUUCUCACCCCAUUAUCUCAUGUUCGGUCGAGAAGCCAGGUUACCUGUGGAUUUGUGUUUCGGAACAGCCAGUGAUGGAAGUCAUCCGGAGUCUCACCUCAAGUAUGUAGCUGACAUGAGAAAAGAGUUACAAGCUGCGUAUGAACUUGCAGAAUCCCUUGCUGCUAAGCAUAACAAAGGAAACAAGCGAAGAUAUGACCAGAAGAUCCGGUUCUCAUAG